GCAAUAGAAGUGAUGGGGAGGAAGAUGAUUACAGCAAUGUUUUCCUUGACUCCGUCUUCACUUUCUUGCUGGACUCGCAUGAUGCUAAAGACAAAGCUGUAAGAUUCCGUGUCUGUCAGCUAAUCAACAAGCUCUUGAAUAACAUGGGUGAUGAUGCUGUUAUUGAUGACGAUCUGGCAGAGAGGAUAUUUGAGAGCAUGUUGAUACGGCUCCACGACAAGUUUCCUGCUGUGAGAGUGCAAGCUGUUGCAGCUAUUUCCAGGCUCCAGGACCCCUCAGAUCCUGAGUGCAUUGUAAUAUCCACAUACUUAAAACUCAUGUCAAAUGACUCCAGUGUUGAAGUGCGCAGAGCUGUGCUCCUGAAUGUUGCUCUUACUUCUCAGACAUUGGAGGGAAUAAUAGGAAGAACCCAAGAUUUGACAGAAUCAGUACGAAAGUUAGCUUAUCGUAUCCUAGCAGAGAAGGUGAACAUAAAAUCAUUUACAAUUGCCCAGCGUGUGCAACUGCUUUCCAAUGGCUUGCAUGACAGAUCAGAGGCCAUUAAGGAAGUUUGUGCAAAGGAGCUUCUUGGACAGUGGUUGAACAAUUUUGAUGGGGAUGUGGUCAAACUUCUGAAAUGCUUAGAUGUUGAUGGAUGCACAGAGGUUGCAGAACUGGCUUUAAAGACAUUGCUGAAUGGAUUACCAAAGGAAGACCUUCAAGGUUACAUUGAUUCUUUAAAGAAAGGACAACAAGAAGAAGGCCCUGCAAAAAUUAGCUAUGAAAAUCUAGAUGCUGAGACAGCAUUUUAUUGGAGAUGUCUUGGAGAACAUUUGAAGUUCAUGGGGGUGAAUGGUGAAGCACUUUUGGAUGAACUUCUACCUGAAGUAUCAGUAUUUUGCAAAUACAUUCAAGGGUAUGUUGACAACUGUUUGUCCAGAAUAUCUUCAGAAGAGUCUUAUCAUUCAGGAAGUCAACAGAACUUUAUCACCAGGCAACUUUUGAUUCUUGUGGGAGUAAUGGACCUCUCUGAUGAAGUUGGAAGAAAGAAUCUUUGCCAGAUGAUCCAUGACUUGUUGGUACACAUGGAGAUCCAGGAGUCAUUGGUGGAUGUCCUACAUGACAGAUAUGUAGGUGUUCAACCAGAAGAAAGCAGUAGAAUCCAGGAGCUUGUUGAGAUUAUUGCUGAUGUUCGACAACCUAUUGUGAUGAUUGAGACUCCUCAAAACAAGGAAGAAAAACGAGUAUGGGAACUUAAGGUUGCUGGAAUCAGUGUUAAACUUAAUCAGUACCGUGAUGAAAUGGAACAGUGUGUGACAAACCAGGAUUUUGCUAAGGCAGCUGAACUCAAACAGCAAAUUACAGAUCUGGAAGAACAGAAAGAAAUACUUGAUUCACAAGAGAACUCCUUUUCCCAGACUAUUAGGGAAGAAAAGGAUGAUCCUGAUACGUUAUUGAAGUGUUUAACCAUUGCAUCUGAGAUGCUGCAGGGUGUGGCAACAAGUGGACUGAAUCCAACACUAACCACUUUGGUUCAAACUCUGAUUCUGCCUGGUGUUCAGAAUGAAGAUCCCUUAGUGCGUAACAUGGCUAUCAAAUGCUUGGGUUUGUGUGCCCUCCUUUCUUGUGAAUUUGCCCGCACACAUCUUGUACUUUUUCUUCAGGUGGCCCAACUAGACCAAGAGCUUGUUCGCACAACUGCCCUUCAGGUUGUUUUUGAUCUUCUUCUAAAGUUUGGUCUUGAGGCUUUCAAAGUCAAUACUUCAGUCCAUGAUGAGGGGGAUGACCCCCCUUCCUCUGACUCAGAACAGGACAAAUCAGACAAUGAAAAUGAUGAAAAUGAAGGAGGUGAAGAUGUCACAGAAAAGAAAGAGGAUGAAGAUGUGGAAGAGACCGAGGCUCGAGAUACGGACACUGCUGCAAGUGUGCUUACAAUACUUACUGGAAUUCUAGAGAGCGAGAGCAAUGACCUUAGGAAUGUGGCUGCUGAAGGAUUGGCCAAGUUGUUGCUCUCAGGUCGUGUUCUGAGUGCCAAACUUUUUUCACGACUUCUGUUGCUGUGGUACAACCCUACCACUGAGGAUGAUGUAAACCUGCGGCACUGCUUGGGUGUCUUUUUCCCAGUUUUUGCCUUUGCUUCACGCAUGAAUCAGGAGCUGAUUGAAGAGGCAUUCUUUCCCACACUGAAGACAUUAUUUAGUGCCCCUAUGUCAUCUCCUCUGGCAUCAGUUAACAUCAAUAAUGUGGCAGAGUUGCUGGUGGAUUUAACAAAUGGAAAAUACUUGGAAAAGAAAGAAAAAUCACAUGUUGAUGCCAAUGAGGCAUACAGCAUUCAUGCUUCUCUCAGCAUUGCAAUUGCUAAUGAGAUUUUGUCUUGUCCUGAUGCUCCCGGUGUGCGAGUUCUGUGCAAGGUACUGACUAUGAUGGACUUGACUGGCUGUACACAGUCCACAGUCAAGGAAAUUAAAGUCCUUACAGGAAGGCUGAUGGAGGAAAUUGAAGAGAAUAUGUCCCUGAAAUCAUUGAGCAAGUUAAAUAAAAUGCUGGAAACUCUCACAGAUAAGGAGAUUGAUAGUGUCUCAGAGACUGAAUUAGACAAUGGCAAUCAGGAAAAUGCAGAGAAAACAGAGGAACCCAAUGAAGGUACUAUUAAUGAGAAAGCUACUGUUGAUGACAUAGACACUUGGCAAAGAUUAGAGGAAAAUACCUGUGUACUUCAGGAACAAGCAAAAUGCAACACAGAGGAUACAGACACCAUGGGUGACAAAAACUCUGAAGUCCUGAAUGAAAACCAAGCUGACAACAAACCAAAAGAAAUUAAAUCAAGAAGAAAGAGUAAGAAGCAAGUAGGGUCAAAGUCAGUUGCCAGGGAUAAAGAGCUUAGCCCUGUUGCUUUGGGUGAGGAAACACCAGCUCGGCAAACAAGAUCAAGCAGAAAAAGCAAGACAAAUGUUAAUAAAAUGGUCAAGUCUGUGAUAGAUUCAGAGGACAAUGACAGCAAUGGAAAAGAAAAUGUUUCAAGCAAUGAUGCUGAUGAUGUGUUCCUCAAAUGAUUCACUCACUUUGCAUGUGCUGUGUCAACAUUUCACAUUAGUUUAACUUGCAUUUCUUCAUAGCACUUUAGGAACCUGUUGUUCAUAGUUAAUAAGUCUAAUAGCAGUUGUUGGUUUUUUAAAUGUCACGGUUUAAUGAUCUAAACAUGUACAAUGGUAAAUCUUAAAAGUUCUGUAUAAUACCAUUAGUAGUAAAAAGGGCAACUUGUUCUCCCUUGUUGCAAUACAAACAAUUUUGGUGUCUACUUUUGUUGAAAGAAUUGUUGCUGAAAUGGUGGAUUUUGUCUCAUGUAGAUGACUGUUCAAGUGUAUGUAAUGGUAUCUGUAAAAUUAUAGUGUUAUUAUAGAGACUUUUCAGAAAUGCUGUAAAACUGGAUAUAUUGUUGUCUUCUAGAUUUGGUUUGAUAUUUCUUUUGUCAAUAAAAUAAGAUUACUGUCUAUUUGUCA